AAUGCCGGAAGCACCUGUGUGGUGGUCCAAAGAAGAUGGCUUACCAGACAUUCCAGCAGGAAUAUUUACAGAUUCCUGUGGUAACCAGGGCAUACACCACUGCCUGUGUACUUACAACAGCUGCUGUGCAACUAGAACUCAUCACACCUUUCCAACUCUAUUUCAAUCCUGAUUUGAUUUUAAGGAAUUAUCAAGUAUGGCGACUUAUAACCAACUUCCUGUUUUUUGGUCCAGUUGGUUUCAACUUCUUAUUCAACAUGAUAUUCUUAUACCGAUAUUGUCGUAUGCUGGAGGAGGGUUCGUUCAGAGGCAGAACAGCUGAUUUUGUCUUCAUGUUCCUCUUUGGCGGCCUUCUCAUGACUAUAUUUGGCACAUUUGUGAGUUUGGUGUUCCUAGGCCAGGCGUUCACCAUCAUGUUGGUGUACGUGUGGAGCAGGCGCAACCCCAACGUGCGCAUGAACUUCUUUGGUCUGCUAAACUUCCAGGCCCCCUUCCUGCCAUGGGUGCUAAUGGGCUUCUCUCUGCUGCUUGGAAACUCCAUCAUUGUGGAUCUCUUAGGUAUUGCUGUGGGACAUGUCUAUUUUUUCCUUGAGGAUAUAUUCCCCAAUCAACCAGGUGGCAGCAGAUGGUUGAAGACCCCCACCAUUCUCAAGAUGCUAUUCGACACUCCAGAGGAGGACGCCAACUACAACCCACUUCCAGAGGAGAGGCCUGGAGGUUUUGCUUGGGGUCAAGGCCAACGUCUUGGAGGCUAGCUUGAGCUCCUUUUGCCACUAUUUUUUCUCCUUUUUUUGCCUCUGGACAUUGAUGCUGAGUGCAGUGGGAGAUCAGAAACAAAAAUGUGUUCUCCCCCCCCCCCUCCCCCAAAUCGUUUCUCAUGUACUGUACAAUGAACAGAAACUCACUGAGGUCAGGGGAGAGACUCUUGGUUUGUCGGCGUCUGCAACCUCCUUUUCCCUGAAACUUUCUGAGCCUGACUGACUCAAAGCAGGAGAAGGGUCACAGCGACAGGAUGUUGCUUUUUAAAGUAAUCCUGCAUUGGCUACAGGUUUUUUCUUGUUUUGGUUUGUCUCGAUGUGCAACAGUCAGUUGGCAUUCAACUGCAAAAGGAAAAAUCUGGAUAAGUUCAUAUCAGAAUAUUGUCAUUUUACUAAAAAAACAAAACAAAAAAUAAAUGUGUAUAAAGUGUGCAUUUAGCCCUGCAUCCUCUCUUACCUUUUUUUAAAUGUUCUUUUACAAGAUCACACUUUUUCACUCAUCACUGAGACUUGGAGAGUGCAGUGCAGAAAUCAUUUUGGAAAUAAUACCUUCUGUUGCUGUUUGUUUUUGGAUGUGCUUGCUGUAGUUGCAGACGUGUGAUGAGCCCUUGCGUUUUUUAUCUGCUUUGGGGAAGUGUGAUGAUGCCUGUGUUUCUGACUGAUUUCAAUUGCCUUUGUUGAAGUGAAGGAGUUGAUAUAACAAGUAAAGGGUGUAUGCCAAAUGUUUUACUUUA